CAACCAUUGAACGAAGCUACCGUUAAUCGAUUCACAAUCCUGAAGUAAACUUCGCAAAAUCCGGGAUAUUACCUAAUUGGUAGAAGAAAUGUAUCGCACAAGAUCAUCAGUAAGACAGAGUCUUCUAAAAGCGAAUCGUUACUCGAUUCCUCGAGUUGAAUUCACUCAGCCGACAUUAAAUAUUCUGGAGGUCAUCAAUUUCCAAACGAAAAGAAUCUCUAUGACCAGCGAACUUGUUCAUCCGGUGGACCCAUCGUUACCACUCCGAGGUCGUCCUCCUAAGUGGGUUCAAUUGAAUCAUUUGGCCCAGUCAGCUCAUAAUUUGGAACAGUCCUUUAUCAUUAAACUGUUCGAUCGGAGAGUCGAUAUAUCUCGGUUCGGGCCAAACUCGCCUCUCUAUCCCGUAUGUAGAUCCUGGAUGAAAAACAAUCCCCGGCAUGGUAAUUCGGUGAUCAAAGUUGAGAAAGAAUUCGAAGAGCGCUAUGAAGAGGAAAUUCUGGCCAAAUACCAGCGGAAGGAAAUAAGCUCGAUUGAGAAAAUGCCUAAACCAGAGGUCAUCUACCCUAAUCAGCCGUUUUUGGCUAUUCAACCAUUUCGAGAGCAAAACCCAGAAGAUCUAGACGCAAUCAAAGAUUGCGAAGCCAAGAGAAGGGCCCUGUUGAUACAUAACAAAAAGUGCUGGAGAAUGAUUCGUCAUCGCUGGCAGAAACACAGAGAAACUUACCUCAACCGACGAUAUCGUCGAAGUUACGAACUGCUGGAUGCAUUGCGGAGGCCAUCGAUUAAGUAAGAGGAAGCUGGUGGUAAUAAACGUUAAAUUACUUAUUUGUAACCCUUUGACUUUUUAAGUUUUGAACAUUGUCGUCUGAUUUCAAAAUUGGAUUUGUAGUCAAAUCGAGACGUAUAAUGCGUAUAAUCUG